AUGAGAAAAGUAUUCGUCCUUUUUAUUUUAUCAUUCGUCGAUUCAACAAUAUAUGUUUACAAUACCAUCGAUAGUCCUUCGGUAGAGUUUUAUGAUUGUAUUUUCCAUAAAAGUUUACCAUUUUGUCGUCGGCCGAUAGAACCCAUUGUUCUGAAUAGGAGUAACGACUUAGGGUAUUGCCAUAACAAUGGAGUGCCGUAUCUAUUAGCUGAUCUUCGAAGAAUGAAUAUAAGUGUUGGUACUGUUUUGCACCAAUGGAGAUCAAGUAUUGAAAAAGUUGAAGACUAUAUUCGGUAUCUAACGAAUCCAAUCGAGCAAAUGAACGGACAUAUAUGUAAAUGUGUUAAUUCACAAUCAUUUGGUGUAACGUGUGAAUAUUUAUUACCAAUAGGAAGAACACUGACAGAUACCUUCUAUGCUGAGAAUAAUCUGCGAAUGGCUAAUUCUCAUUAUGUUCAAUUGUAUGGGGAUAUAAUCUGCUACGAAACCUUACAGUGUAACUUCGGUUUGUUGUGCCUAGAUUGGAGAGAUAUCUGUGAUGGCGUUCAACAGUGUAUGUUCGGAUUUGAUGAAGAAAAUUGUCAUCAUUUAGAAUCGAAGGAAUGUGAAGAAGAUGAAUAUCGGUGUACGAAUGGAAUGUGUAUUCCUGACACAUAUUUCCUCGAUGGAGAUUUUGAUUGCUUGGAUUGGAGUGAUGAAAUGCAGUUUUAUGAUGAUAUUAGAUGCUCAUCAGAUGGAGUCUAUACUCCGUGCGAUGAUCGAAUUUGUCCGCCGACUCAAUAUUCGUGCGGUGAUGGACAAUGCAUUAUCGAUCGAUUCGAUUUUCAGACCAUGACACGAUUCAAAUCGGAAUGUCGAAGUAAGCGUGAACAAGCCUUCAUUUGUGAAACACAUUAUAUCAACGAUAUGUGGACAUUACCGAACGGACGAUGCUAUGAAAAGUAUGACUAUAAUGGGACAAAAAUGAGUAAUUUAACAAUCGAAGAUCAAUGUCGAUUUAUUCUUCUUUGCGAUUUAUCCGGAGCCGUACAUGUUGAUUGUCCAUGUGGAGAAGAGAAUACUUUUUGUACCGAAGAAUUACAUUCGGCGUGCCACUCGAACUCGAUUCAAUUUUCUAAAAAAGGAAUUAUGGCUCCAUAUGUUUUCUUUUUCUAUCCGAAAUACUAUAAACUGCGACCAGACUUUCUUCUUGUUAAUGGAACAAUCAAAUGUCACGGGAUAUCCACUGAUAUUAUUGCGAUGAAUCUUUCAUUUCUAACCAAACUUCACGAAAUCGAACAUUUCGUUUGUCAGCAGGCGUUAAAUACAUCUUCAACGGUCAAUCAACACACAACAAAUACAUCAUGCUCUCGAUAUCAUUUUCGUUGUUCGCUAGAUGAACCAACUUGUUUAAGUAUUACUGCUCUUGGUAAUUCACACUCUGAUUGUAGAAACGCAUUCGAUGAAUAUUGGUUAGGCACAAGUCAAAAAUUAUCCGAUAUGAGUUGUAACUUUAAGAAAAAAGAUCAAUGUUAUCUUCUCCGACAAUAUAUUGAGCAAUCCUGGUUGUCGAAUAGAAGCACUGAUGCUUCUGGAGAAACCUAUAUACCGUUUCGAUAUUAUUGCAACACGUUUUGGAAUUUACCUUCAAAACACGAUGAAAAUACAACAGAAUGUAAGCAAUGGUGGAAAUGUUCGGACGAUCAAUGGCAAUGUCGUAGUGGACAAUGUAUUGAUCGGAAAUGGGUAUCGGACUAUCAAUGGGAUUGCGAGGACGCCUCAGAUGAACCAAACUCAUUCAAUCAAUCAGUCCCAUUUUCUACAAUUUGUAAUAAAACAACCGAGUUUGCUUGUUUUACACAUCAAAAAACGAUUUCAUGUAUUACAUGGCAGCAAAUCGGAAACAGAAUUAUUGAUUGUUACGGAGGAAUAGACGAGAGAAAUACUAUUUUACACUGUAAUCAACAAACUAUGCUUGGAUAUAAUUACAAAUGUUCAUCCAACGAACAAUGUAUUCCUUAUUGGAACCAUUGUGUUGGAGAACGGUGUCACAAUCAAUCUGAUGACGACCUUUGGUGUAAUUAUCGAAUUAAUGUUUCAUUUUGUAAUCGAGUUUACGAUGCAGUUUGUUUUAACGGAAGUUGUGUCAGAAGUGGCCGAUGCGAUCAAAAGUUUGAUUGUUCCAUGGGUGAAGAUGAAUAUAUGUGCGAAUAUCAACAUAUUUCUCAAUUAACCAGAUUUCAAUAUCGUGAAGAGAAAGAGAUCAUUGUAAAAAAUUCCCAUCAGAAAAUUCAAUUAAUUCAAUUUCCAAUCGAUUCGAACAUCACAUUAUCGUUACCUUCGACGAAUCCGUCAGUGAAAUCAUCGAUAGUCUCGUUAGAUCCUACAGAUCCGGUUGCCUAUUGGUGUAAUCGAGGUAUCGGUGUUUAUCUCUACAAUAAGUCCAUCGUUUGCUUUUGCCCUCCACAGUAUCAUGGCGAUAAAUGUCAAUAUCACAGUGAUCGGAUAAGUUUACUUUUUCAUCUUGAUCUUUCUGAAUCAACAUAUUCGACGACGAAAAAUAUCGACAUUGUCUUCAAGAUCGUGAUUUUGUUCAUGUUUGAGAAUGAAGUUCUGACCAAUUAUUUCUUUCAUGCGCGAGCUGUAUCAGAAUUAGCGACUUACACGAAAAAGUUCGCUCAUUACGUCUACUCUCGUUCCAAACGAUUUCUUCGACAUAAACUAGAACGAUAUUUGAACUAUUCAAAUGAUCAUCUUUACUCAAUUCAAAUUGAAAUGUAUGAAAAAGUCGAUUUCGAUCGACCGAAACUCUUCGCUGUAUGGAAAUACCCGAUUGACUUUGAUUAUCUACCUGUCUUACGUCUAGCUAAAAUUCUACGAUUUGUCAAACAAGAUGAUCCAUGUGCAAGUAACCCUUGUAAUACAAAUCAAGAUUGUCAAGCCAUUCUCAACGAAAAAUCACAAUACAUUUGUCUUUGUAAGGCAAAUUUUACCGGCAAAAAUUGUUCAUUGAAAGAUGAACGAUGCGCAAAUGGCUAUUGCUCGUACGGAUCUUUGUGUAAACCCGGAUAUCGAGGUUUAAUACAUGGAAAUCAUCUACCUUAUUGCAUAUGUUCGUUUAAUCGAUACGGUGAACAAUGCUCUAUCGAACAUGAUCGAUGCCAAUCAAAUCCUUGUCGAAACAAUGGUUCCUGUUUUUCGACGUCGAAACCUGAAGCGAGUUCUUGUAUAUGUACGGAUGGUUAUCAUGGUGACAAAUGUGAAUUUAGAAAACCGGAAAUUAAAUUAUUCAUCAAUGAGACAGUGAAAUAUUUAGCAGCUGUUGUACAAUAUUUCGAUAUUGAUUUUGUUUCCUUAAGUUUACACCUUGUUCAUCAAAAAGUUCAUCGAGUUCUUCCGAAUUUCAUUGAAUAUCGACAUCAAUAUGGAACUAUCCCUGAAAUUGUUGUGGUUAAACUAUAUUCUAACGAGAGUUCUCCAAACAUCUAUGUAAUUUCGGUUCAAAUUGAUAUUCAAUCAAUUCACGGAAUAACGCAAUUAAAUACGCGAACCCAAUGUAUGUCAAUUCGGCAAAAACAAAUCUCUCCUAUAAAAUAUCAUUUUCUCUGUGAAAAUUCUACGAAUUUAUUCUGUUUUUACGAUGAACAUUACCUAUGCAUUUGCAAUGAAAAUCAUACGCGAGUUCAAUGUUUUCAAUACGAUUUUCAUCUCGAUCGAUGCUCUUCUUGUUUAUCCAAUGGAAUUUGUUUAAAAGGCGAACAAUUUCUCUGUUUAUGUCCGAAAUGCUAUUCCGGAAGAAAAUGUCAGUUCAACUCCAAUUCGUUUAUAUUCACGCUGGAUCAACUCUUCUAUACUGAUUUGAACUCGGCCAAUCAAAAGUUUACCUUUCGCUUUCUCAUCGUUAUUUCGGUGUUUUUGUUUCUGUUAGGAAUACCAAACAAUCUGUUUUCUCUCGUCACUUUCCGUCGACAAAAUUCGCUUCGACAUGGCAUCGGACAGUAUUUAUUUUACAUGAGUAUUACCAAUCAAGUGAAUCUAACGUUCCUCGCUGCCCGGCUAUUACAUUUAUCAAUCAACAUGACCGGUUCUUAUUCGUCAAUUGAACUCAAUGAUUAUCUAUGUAAAAUAUUCAACUAUUUUCUCGUUACGUCAAGUCGAUUUGUCUAUUGGCUUUCGUCAUUGAUUGCAAUUGAACGGGUUUAUACGACACUUUUUCUUAGAAGGCAAUGGCUUCGAAAACCGCACAUUGCGCGUCGUGUAAUGUUCAUUACAGCGAUCGGUAUUUUAGGUACUAAUAUUCAUGAACUGAUUUUUGUCAAAUCACUUGUAGAAAUUACGAAUACGAACGAUGCAAUGUGUGUGAUGGAAUUUCCCAAUCGUCAUCGAAGAAUCUGGAAUUUUUAUCAUUCGUUUGUGUCGAUUAUCAAUUCGAUUUUGCCAUUAAUGAUCAAUUUCUGUUCAACGAUUAUGAUUAGUUUUAUAGUCGCAAGAAAUAAGAUCAAUGCUCGAAAGAUUCUCACGAAAUCUCAUCAAUCAAUUUUGAUCAAAUUUCAAAUACGUUCUCACUUUAUUUUACAAAUUUUAAAUGAAAAUAAGGAACUAGUCAUUGGUCCUGGAAUAACUUUAGUUCCACAGUUAUUUUCAUUACCACUCUUUAUCAUUUCAUUUACAUUGUAUUGCCAAAAUUUGGAAAGCAAUUUGAUAAGAUAUGUUCUAAUCGUAUCUUACUUCGUUUCAUUUCUUCCUCAAUUGACCAGCUUUAUGCUUUAUAUUCUACCUUCGUCAUUUUAUUCAAGAGAAUGGUAUGCGACGACGAUUGGACGGAUGAUAUCGGAUUACCUAGGAUUAAAACCGUCAACUGCAACGGACCGAAAUCCAUGUGAUGAAAGUAAGAACACUGAUGCUGUUCAAAGACAUCCUAUAUAA